AUGUUUCUUUUAACAUUAUUAGCAGUUGUUUGUUUAUCCAGCAAAGCUUUAUCAAAUAGUUUGUUUACGCCAUGCAAAACAAAUGAUAAAGCAUGCAUAGAUAAAUCCGUGAGUGCUGUAAUUCCACAAAUACUUUCCGGUAUCCCAUCCCUAGGAGUGGAGUCAUCAGAUCCUCUAUUUAUUGAAAAAAUAGAAGGAAACCUAUCUAUACUAAAGUAUAAAUUCUUUAAUACCACAAUAGUUGGCUACAAAACUUGUGUCGUGAAGGAUUUACGAGUAAACCCGGAAUUAACAAACUUGCACUAUGAUCUUCAUUGUCCCCAUCUAAAGAUGACCGGUCAAUACGAAAUGGAUGGGCGUCUAAUAGUUUUACCCGUACAAGGAAAGGGUGACUACGGUUUGAUUACAGGAAAUUAUAUGGUAACAGUAGACUCAGAAAUGAAAACUGUACAAGGAAAUGAUGGAAAAAAUCAUUUAUCUAUUAAAAACUUUAAACUUAUAUGUCAACCUUUGUCUGCAAACCAUUACGAUUUCAAGAACUUAUUUAAUGGUCGGAAGGAUUUAUCGGAUGCCGUACACAAUUUUGCCCACCAAAGUUGGAAAGAAGUCUCUGAGUUAGUACAAGAACCAACAUGGUAUGCUGCAUUGAAGAAAAUCCAUAGCCAUGUCAAUAAAUUCUUAAAGAGUGUGCCGUUAGAUGAAAUGGUUAAAAGU